CUUCGUUCGCCGCCCGCCGCCCGCCGCCCGCCUUCGUUCGCCGCCGCCGCCGCCAUGCUGCCCGCCGCCCUGCUCCGCCGCCCGGCUCUGGGCCGCCUGGUGCGCCAGGCCCGCGCCUACGCCGAGGCCGCCGCUGCCGCGGCCCCCGCAGCCGGCCCCGGCCAGAUGUCCUUUACCUUCGCCUCCCCGACGCAGGUGUUCUUCAACGGCGCCAACGUGAGGCAGGUGGACGUGCCCACGCUGACCGGCGCCUUCGGCAUCCUCGCGGCGCACGUGCCCACCGUGCAGGUGCUGCGGCCCGGGCUGGUGGUGGUCCACGCCGAGGACGGCACCACCUCCAAGUACUUCGUGAGCAGCGGCUCCAUCACGGUGAACGCCGACUCUUCCGUGCAGCUGCUGGCCGAGGAGGCCGUGACGUUGGACAUGCUGGACGUGGGGGCUGCCCGCGCGAACCUGGAGAAGGCGCAGUCGGAGCUGGCGGGGGCCGCGGACGAGGCGGCCAGGGCCGAGGUCCAGAUUCGCAUCGAGGCCAACGAAGCCCUGGUGAAGGCGCUGGAGUAGGCGGGGCCCGGCGCGCUGCAGUCGCCCCCUGCGUCUCGAACCUCGUGGGGGGCCGCAAGCUCCCCCAGACCUCGGACGGGCCGGGGUCUGUCCCCUGGUGGGAGUCUCCUCGCAGUCCCCUCCCCAAGCUGACCGGCGGCACAGCCCGCCUUCCAUUAAACACCGGCGGCCGGCCUCGUGUGAGCGGGUGCCGUGGCUGCCGCCCGCGCUCUGCGGCCCCCAC